CGCUUGGGUCCAGACGAUGUUGUGAAGUCUAGCGGUUCCAAGUUUUUUGAAAAUGAGGUCCGCCGUGGAGCCAUCCUGAAGCAACAGAUUGCCCAGAAACUCGUCAAGAUGGAAUCGCUGACGCCGGAAGACAUCAAAGCUGGGGAGAGAGAGGCAAGUUUUUUGGCUGGGUUUCUUUUUCACCUGCAUCAUGUGCUGGGGGCUAGAGAAAAGCCUAUGAGUGCGGAUAAGGUGUUGGACGGCUACAGAUCCGAUCGUGAUCUCUCCAACUGCAUAGUCCACGUCGACAUGGAUGCGUUCUACGCGGCCGUGGAGAUGCGCGAUGAUCCCUCACUGCGGCUGAAACCAUUGGCCGUGGGGAGUACCAGCAUGUUGGUAAGCCACUCCUACCUCCUGAGGCGUCAGUUCACAGACUCCAAUUUCCCAGCCGAUUCAUUUCUUAUUUUCAUGGAGUGGCAAGCCUUGCCCGUCUCGGAGCAUCUGAAGGACAGGCAGCUCUCUUUUGGUAUACAAACUAAUCUCAAUCAUACCUGA